CUUAUCGAAACUUAUCAAUUCAUCGCUUGUGUAAUGUGUAAUUGUGAUACAAAUUUAUCUUUUGAGGAUAUAUCCAAGCUUUGCUAUGACAAAUUUGAUUUAUUGCCAAAAACCGGCAAGCCCUCGGCCAACCAGUGGACUGUUUUGUCAUGCGUUGUGGAGCACAACCGUCAAACGAGAGACAGCCGGGUGGUGGCUCUCGGAUGUGGGACAAAGUGCAUUGGUUACACCAGACACUGCCCGAAAGGAUUUAUUUUGAACGACUCCCAUGCCGAAGUAUUGGCACGCCGAGCCUUCUUGCGGUAUCUGUACUAUGAACUGGAGCACGACCGUAUCUUCCAUUGGGACGCCAAGCGCCGUUCCUUUGAGCUCAGUGAACACGUGGAGUAUCAUUUCUUCAGCACUCAGACGCCAUGUGGGGACGCUUGUAUUGUGGAUGAGUCCGUAGCAAUGGGAAUCGAGAAGAGUGCAAAGCGGCCACGACUGGACGUGAACUCUGAGAUGGUCUACACUGGCGGCAAGCUGAUAGCCGGCCAGCUUCCUGGAGCCAUAACCGAUGACAUGGAGCAGACGCCGGGAGCAUUGCGCACCAAGCCCGGUCGUGGUGUGCGAACUCUGUCCAUGUCGUGCAGUGAUAAGCUAGCCCGCUGGUGCGUGCUUGGUGUACAAGGCGCGUUGAUUGACUCUUUAGUGUCCAAGCCCAUAUACUUCAGCUCGCUCAACUUUAGCUGCCCCGAGGCGCAUCAAGUGUCCGUGGAGCGUGCAAUCUAUAAGCGCUGGCAAGGACGAUCUUCUAAGCACACGCGAUUCCAGCCCCAACAGCCACAAAUACGCAUUGAUGUCAGUCUUCCCUUUAAGUAUUCACAGCGAGAUGACUGGCAGCCCUCGCCCAAUGGUUUGGUUUGGUCACAGCUGCCAGAUGAUCUCAGGCCCUAUGAGAUCUCCGUGAAUGGCAAGCGGCAAGGAGUGACAAAAAAGAAACUAGAGUCCGCCCAAGCUGCUUUGGCAGUAAGCAAGUUCAAGCUGUUUCAAACGUUCCUAAAUCUGCUACAGUCGCGUGCAGAAUUGCGUGCGAUAUUUCAAAGAGAUGACUCCGAUCUGGAGCAUAUGACUUAUGCUUGCUGCAAGAAUUUGUGUGAGGAUUAUCAACAAGCUUGGAGCCAAUUGAAAGAGGAAUACUUUCAGCAGUGGACCUGCAAGCCCAAAGGGUUGCUCGAUUUUACUUCAAAAAGUGAAUGAGCAAAGCAUUGGUCUGUCUCUCUAUGGGGAAAUCUAAAUCCGGAUAGGCUUAUAGCUGAUGGCUGCUGGCAUAUCCAAAUGCAACUAAAACACAUCUCGAGUUAUCGCACAUUCGUACACAGAAAGGUGUUGCUAUUAGCGAUGUAUGUAUGUUGAGUCCUGACUCUCGCCGUGAAUCUGGAAAAACUGGACUUCCCAUGUGAAGUGCACAUGAAAGUCUCACACCGAGCGCAUCUUGAGUCUACCACGGCCACGGUCCACGGCCUGCAGUAAGCGAAAGUAGAUGAAAAUUGAAGAGAAAGAAGUCUAUAUGCGCUCCCCAAGAUGAA